GGAGCAGGCCGCGGCCGGGGCCAUUCCCGGGCCGCCCGACCGACGCCCAGAAGAUGCUGAACAUGUGGAAGGUGCGGGAGCUGGUGGACAAAGCCACCAACGUUGUUAUGAAUUAUUCAGAGAUCGAAUCCAAGGUUCGAGAAGCAACCAAUGAUGAUCCUUGGGGACCUUCCGGGCAACUCAUGGGAGAGAUUGCCAAGGCUACGUUUAUGUAUGAACAAUUUCCAGAACUUAUGAAUAUGCUGUGGUCAAGAAUGUUGAAGGACAACAAGAAGAACUGGAGGAGAGUUUAUAAGUCGUUGCUGCUCCUAGCUUACCUCAUAAGGAACGGAUCAGAGCGUGUUGUUACAAGUGCCAGAGAACACAUUUAUGAUUUGCGAUCCCUGGAAAAUUACCACUUUGUAGAUGAAAAUGGCAAAGAUCAGGGUAUAAACAUACGCCAAAAGGUGAAAGAAAUGGUAGAAUUUGCCCAAGACGAUGAUCGACUUCGUGAAGAGAGAAAGAAGGCAAAGAAAAACAAAGACAAAUAUGUUGGCGUUUCUUCAGACAGUGUCGGAGGAUUCAGAUACAGUGAGAGAUACGAUCCCGAGCCCAAGUCAAAAUGGGAUGAGGAGUGGGAUAAAAACAAGAGUGCUUUUCCAUUCAGCGAUAAAUUAGGUGAACUGAGUGAUAAAAUUGGAAGCACAAUUGAUGACACCAUCAGCAAGUUCCGAAGGAAAGACAGAGAGGACUCUCCAGAAAGGUGCAGUGAUAGCGAUGAGGAAAAGAAAGCAAGAAGAGGUAAAUCUCCGAAAGGUGAAUUUAAAGACGAAGAGGAGACUGUAACAACAAAGCAUAUCCAUAUUACCCAGGCCACAGAGACAACCAUGAUCAGACACAAACGCACAGCAAAUCCUUCUAAAACAAUUGAUCUUGGAGCAGCAGCACAUUACACAGGAGACAAAGCAAGUCCAGAUCAAAAUGUCGCAACUCACACCCCGCAGUCUUCAGCAAAGGUUUCAGCAGUGCCUGGGAGCAAAUCAUCUGGUGACCUGGUCGAUCUGUUGUUUGAUGGCAAUAGCCAACCUACAGGUGGAUCAUCCGAUCCGUUCGGAGGAUUUGCUGACUUUAGCUCAGCAGCUGCCUCAACACAUUUCCCUUCAUCACAAGGAAUAGCAGCAAGUGGCAAUGGAGACUUUGGUGACUGGAGUGCCUUCAAUCAAGCCUCUCCUAACCCGGCUGCUUCCACUGGAGAGCUUUUUAGUGGCCAGGGGCAUCCAGCUGUAGAACUCUUCAGUAGUGCACAGCCAAUUCUUGGGCAGCCUCCGGCUGCCUCCAAUUCUUCUGAUAUUUUUGAUUUGAUAGGAUCCUCUCAGGCAACUAUGACCUCAUCCCAAAGUAUGAAUUUUGCUAUGAUGAGCACUGACAUUGUGGGCCUUGGUCUGCCCAUGUCGAGAUCACAGCCUUUGCAAAAUGUUAACACAGUGCUGCAGAAGCCUAAUCCUCUUUAUAAUCAGAAUACAGAUAUGGUCCAGAAAUCCAUCAGCAAAACCCUGCCAUCCACUUGGUCUGACCCCAGUGUAAACAUCAGCCUAGACAACUUAGUACCCGGUAUGCAGCCUUCAAAACCCCAGCAACCAUCGCUUAACACAAUGAUUCAACAGCAAAAUAUGCAACAACCGAUGAAUGUGAUGACUCAGAGUUUUGGAGCCGUGAACUUAAGCGCCCAGCCGAGCAUGGUGCCUGUCCGAUCGCAAACCAGCCCGUUGCUGGCUGGACCCGUGUCCGUGGGAAUGUCUAAUGUAAUGACUGGCACAAUGGGCAUGACCUCUCUUGGGAGCACUCCCAUGAUGAACCAGGGCAUAAUGGGAAUGAAUGUGAACAUGGGGAUGCCAGCUCCCGGGCUAGGUUUGACAGGCACAGUGGGCAUGGGAAUGUCCAAUAUAGCCAUGAUUUCUGGAACUGUGCAGCCUAAGCAAGAUGCCUUUGCAAAUUUUGCCAACUUUAGCAAAUAGAUGAUAAAGAAUCAUAUGGAAUGAAGGAUUUUUAGCUGCGCAGAUAGGAGGGAUGGGGUGGAAAAUGCAGAUCGGUGCCCUUUUCUUUUUAUCUAUUAUUUAAAAUGAACUUGCAGAAAGAACCAAAAAAAGGCUAUUUUGUAAAAAGGACCUAGUAUUCCCAUUCAGCAGGCUUGAAGCACUUCAGAUGAGGCUGUAGGCUCCCCUUUCUCCAACGAGACCAGGCCGUAUUUCGUCGUGACACCAUUAAAGCUUUUAGGAACCAAUUUAACACCAUAAUUUGUGGGAAUGCUAGACUCGUAUGGAGCAAGUCUGUUUGGCUCUCUAAUUUUAUACUUUUUUUCCCCCGAGGAACUUGAUUUUUCUGUCCCCGAAUUGCCUUGUCAUGUAUUCAGUCCAUUCCCUUUUACUACCACUCCAAGCCCAUGCUGGAAGUCGCUUAAGUCAAAUGAUCAGUUUUUUAUAAAAAUAUCUAUUUUUGUCCAAAAGGCUUACUUACAUAUGUGAUUAUGGCUAAAUCAAAGGUACCUGGAAUGUAUAUACUUUUGCUAAUGUUCCAGUCACUGCUAUACUGUCCAAAUUUUUAUUGUAACAAAACCUCUUCGAGAAAUCGGUGAUAGGUAUGGGUUCUCUUCCCACUUCCACUACUAUAGUUAACAUCAAAUGAAGAACUGGGAGAAAUUCUUUAUCCAGGGCUGCUGUAUGGUUUCCUUUCAGGAAAAAAAAAAACCUUCAAUGUUUUGUUUUUAACAGUCAUUCUUUGUCAUUUGCAUUGAUUAACUGGCAAGACUUCUUACCAUGUUCAUCCCUGUAGCCACUGGUUUACAGAGUCAUCAGCAGUCAAAACAAGCAAAAAUAUUUAUUUAAAAAUUGGGGUGUCUAAGAAGAAAAGGUAAAACCAUUACUGUCUUAUAAGUUAAUUAUAAAGGAUUAAACCCAACAGUGUUGGUUUUUUAGAUUUUAUACAAUACUUGUUGAUUUCUUUUUGGUGUAAAUAUGAUAUUAGCAGCCGUGGAUCCAAUAAAGAGGUGUUGAAUAUAUAUAUAUAUAUAUAUAUAUACAUGCAUGUAUAUAUAUAUAUAUUACUAAAGGAGACCUGUAGCAGUCAAAUAUUUUAUUGAUUUAAUGGAAAUAAAGGAAAUUAAUGUUUUUGUUUUCUUGCUGUAAUUCUGCAUUAAGAUCAUAUGAGAAUCAUGAUUCUAGAGUUUGGAGUGUAAAAUGCAUUGUUUCACUCACAAGCUGGGAAUAUUAUUGAAAAUAAACACUAUAAUAUAGGUAUCAAAUUAUUACCUCCCCUCUGUCGGAUUUCUUUUUUAUUAAAUUGAUCAAACUUUGUUUCCAUUGUAUUCAUAAUGUUCUGUUAUACAUAACAUUAAAAUGUUCAUUAAAAUCAAUGUUGAACCGCU